CAAUAGCAAAAUGUUGCUGCCACAGGCAAAGGCAAACAACAAACCAACUUUGAGCGGCGUGAGCAACAAAAUGGCGCUGGGCAAAUCCAUUAAAAUGUACCUGACCAUAUUCAUAGCCACAACCUGCAUCUAUAUGCUGCUCUAUCAGUAUCACAUGUCCCGACAACCACUCGCCGUCAACGAAGUCGUCAAGCCGCCGCUGUACAUUAUAACGCCCACUUAUCGACGACCCGAGCAACUGGCGGAGCUAACGCGCCUCGGCUAUACGCUGAAGCAUGUGCCCAACCUGCUCUGGCUGGUCAUCGAGGAUGCCAAUCAUACCAAUCGACUGGUCGCUCAGACGCUCAAUCGCAUCGGCGUGCCCUACGAGUAUCUAGUGGCGCCCAUGCCGGAGCAGUACAAGAAGACGAAACGCGCCAAGCCGCGCGGCGUGUCGAAUCGCAAUCGUGGCCUGGACUAUCUGCGCGCCAAUGCCACCGAGGGUGUGCUCUACUUUGCCGACGAUGAUAAUACCUACGAUAUUAACAUAUUCGAACAGAUGCGCUACACCAAGAAGGUGUCCAUGUGGCCAGUGGGCUUGGUCACCAAGACGGGCGUCAGCAGUCCCAUUAUACGCAAUGGCAAGCUGGAUGGCUACUACGAUGGCUGGCUGGGCGGUCGCAAGUAUCCGGUGGACAUGGCGGGCUUUGCGGUGAGCGUCAAGUUUCUGCACACGCGUCCCAAUGCCACGAUGCCCUUCAAGCCGGGCUAUGAGGAGGAUGGCUUUCUACGCAGCCUGGCACCGCUGCAGAAUACUGAAAUCGAGCUUUUAGCUGAUGAGUGCCGUGAUAUACUCACCUGGCAUACGCAGACGAAGAAGAAUCCGGCAGCACAGGUGCUGAACAAGCGCUAUGUGAACACGAAUCUGGAGUUUAUCGACAAGCUGCUGGUGCGUCCGUAGAGCAGCCUAGUUAGCCAUAGCCAUAGCUAGUUAUUAUAUAUAAAUAUAUAUAUAUAUAUGUAUACAUAGGUAUAUUGCAUACUGCAAGUUUUACUUCAUCGGUAUGUUUUGUAUCAGCGAGUGAGCCUCACAAAGUGUCCGUGACUUUAAACAGUUUAUUGUACAGGUACAAUUUUGGUUUUAAGUCCACUCUAAAAUAUGUUAGUUUUGUAAAUUGAAACAACUGCACAGCACAUUGAUCUAAGCAUUUAAGUUUAGGCUCUAAGCGCACAACUUUAUACGAUUACGAUGCUUUCAACAGAAUGUUUGACCCCAGACAGAGCCAGACAGCAUAAGACAUUUAACAUAUAUAGUUAUGAUAUAACGUCCUGUAACGAUUUUGUAAAUAUUUGCAAUGCCUGAUUUUAAAUUGUAGCAUUAACUUUUGAUAAUACGUACGUUAUAACUUAAGUGCAUUACUUUAAAAAAGACAAACUAAAGAUUAUGUUUAAUAUAUUUGUUUAACGUUUUGUUCUAUGCGUUCGCCAAACCCAACCCAUGGUUUCUGUUCCUAAAAUACAAAUACACACAUAGAGCGUUUAAUUGACGUUACUUUUGGCAUAAUCCCACACAGUUAUUUCGUCAUUUAUGUUAGUAAAGCAUUUUUUUGGGCGUUAGUUCAAGGCGAAAGCAAAGCGCUUUUCGCUUUUCCUAUAAUGUGGGCCGCAAGCAUUUCGUAAAAUUCACACUGACGUACAUUACAGGGCCAACAGAAACAGAAACAGAAACAAAACCAGAGCAAGAACAAGAACAAUAACGACAGCUCGAACUCGAACUCACAGGGCAAUAGAUAAGUGGAAACGAACGGGGGCAGGCAUGUCGAUGAUUUGAUGGUCACAUGGGCCGGGCUGGGCAGGGCAGGCCCCUGGGACAACGUGGAAUCGCGUGCCAAUUGAUAUUGUUGGUAAUGUUAAUGGUAAUGGCAAUUGAACGUGCAGUGUACUGCAAAAGUAAAUAAUAUAUAUAAAUUCUACUUGCAUUCAAUUACACAAAGUGGCAAAUAAGCUAAAGAAAACUACAAUACAUAACAAAUAUGAAUUACUCAAAGCUAUUCCCAACAGCAACUAUAACUAGUUUGCGUAUUUUUCAAAUUAACUACUGUUGACACUUAUUUGCAUAAAUCUCUUCUUUUUUUCGAUUAUAAGAUAUAAGACUUUGGCAAACGGUAUUAACCAAUACAGAAACUUUCUACAAUUUAUACAAUUAUGUACAUAAUACCUUAUAAGUAUUUAUAAACGCAACUAUGAAAGAUAUUAGUUAGGUACUUACCAAAUCUUUAAAUAUUAAAUAUCUUUAAUAGCGAAUCAAGCCACAAUGGCAACGGUUUGAUUCGCUGAUAUUAACUAAUCUCAAGGGUAAAUCUUCGUGAAUUGUUAUGCAAAUACCAAAUUAAAUACUAAUACGUAUACAAAAUAUUCUUAUAAAAUUCUUUAAUGAAAAUCCAUCAAAAAUAUUCUCGACUAUUCCAACUACACAACUUACAUUUCUAUGAAUAUGGUUAAACUAUUCUCAAAGCAGACAAGCAAUUUAAAUAAUCUAAAUUGUCGUGAAACAAGCACAAGGAACUUCAAUCAUUUUUUGUGCAAAAA